AUGGCCGCAGGCGUAAAGGCAGAUGUGGUUGUUGCUGGGCUUGGUGUCGUUCUCAUCUGGUCUGCCCUCGCUCUUGCCGCUCUCACCUCAGCAGUACUUGGUAUCGGCAAUGACCACAAGGUGGUGUCAAGCGAUAAGAGUGGCUAUGUGGCACCGUUUGUUCUGGGCAAGCUCUCCAAGUUCUGUCUCUCGCUGUUGUACCUGCCGGUCAUCCGGUACCCAGGACUUGAUCUCUGGGUUGCCGGCGGUAUUAUGCCGUUUGAGCGGCGGCUCAAGUUUCAUCGCGGCAUGGCUGCUGUAUUCCUAGCUGUUGCUUCGCUCCACGGCGUCUGGAUGGCGCUCAAGUCCAAGUUCUCGCACUUUGGCCUCGGCGGUGUGUCGCUCUCCGGCACGGUGGCGCUGGUGCUGUUCCUCGCCGUGGGCCUUGGCUCGUUGCCUUGGAUCCGCCGGCAUCACUUCAACUCCUUCUACGCGCUUCACAUGCUCCAGUUCCCGGCUGUCAUCGCUGCUCUUGUUCAUGUCCCGGGCAUCGUCAUUUAUCUUGCGGUUUCUGGGGGCGUUUGGCUUGCUCUGGCCUUUGCGCGGAUGGUGCGAGCCUGGCGGCGGCGGCGGCGCGCGACGCUUGUCCCUCUCCCAGGUGAGGCUACCGAGCUCUCGCUGGUCUGGCCACGGCAAUGGCCGCCGCCACACCCCGGAAGCUACGCCUUUCUCCGAAUUGGCGCCAUUGCCUCGACCGAGUGGCACCCGUUCUCGGUCGCCGACUAUGAUCGCCACUGUGGUCACACCCGCUUCAUCGUCAAGGCCGUCCACCAUCAUCACCACCGUUCGCUGUCGGCCGGAAGCGCAAGACUGUCAUGGACCGCCCGCCUCCGCGAGAUGGCCGAGGCCCAAAGCCGCCCCACUGUGUGGAUUGAUGGCGCGUACGGCGCGUUGACCGUCCCGGCCAAUGCCGUCGCCAAGGCUGGCCAUAUUGUCUUGGUCUCCGGCGGCGUGGGGGUUACCCCCAUGGCGAACCUGCUGCAACAUGUCGCUGACGGCGAGUUCCCCAAUCUGCGCAGCGUUUUGUUUGUGUGGACUUCGCGAUUGAUGGCUGAUGUAUGUACGCCAUGGCUCGGCAACGUGCUCGCACACGCCACCUCUCAACUCGGUGAGCGUCUUUGCAUUUCGCUGUACCAAACCUCGGGCAAGAAAGAGCUGCCGUCAUCGUCGCCUCCCAGCUCCAACUCGUCGUCGUCGUCGUCAUCGUCAUCAUCGGCUGCCAUUGCCAGCUACGAGUGGUCUCUUGGCCGUCCAGAUCUUGACGCCAUGCUGGCCAACGUCCACACCGCCAAUGAUGCCGAUCACUCCCCGUUGUCAGUCUUUGUCGCUGUCUGCGGCCCUCCAAGCCUGUGCAACGUUGUCGCAAGCGCUGCAACCCGUCGCGGCUUUGCCGUCCAUGUCGAGACCUUUGUCUUUUAGCCCCCUCCGCCCCCCCUUACGAACACAUACCCGAGUCGAUCGGCUGGCGUGGAUGGUAAACUGGCUCUCCA